UUAUCUCCGAACGAACCAACAGAGGAGCAAAGCAAGAGCAACCCAAGCGAAGCGAAGAUGUCAGUCUCAGCUGUGUUGGGGUCUCAAUUCGUGGCGGUGGGUGUGCCCGUGAAGAACCCAUCUGCGACGACCUCGUUUGGUGUGACCAGUUCGGCCCCAUGGCGCGGCUCAACCACCGGUAACGGCGGCGGUGGUGGUGGGUUGGUGAUAGAGUGCUCGUCAAGGCCACAGAAGAAGGCGACUGCGCACCACCGGAAGACUCGGCCGCGCAAAACGCAGCCGUGGGACAUUAAGCGCAAGCCCACUGUGUACGCUCCCCUCCCUCCUCUCCCUGCCGAGUGGACCUUGCUCUCUAGUGCCGACGAAGCUGCUUCUGCUUCUGCAUCUUCUCCGGAAGAGUCCUCCUCCACUGAGUAGUCAUUCUACCUCAAUUAAUCCAUGUUAUUAUGCUCUGUUUUGUUUAAUUUAAGUUUGGAGAUUUGAAGUUUGUUUUCUGUUUGUUUAAUUUAAAUUUAAAUUUACUUGUUUAAAUUGAAUUAUUAGAAUUUGUACUCA